CAUUACGCAUCACACAGGCUGCAGCUGGAGAUUUUUUUUAGCGCUUACACAAACUCCCCCUGUCGAGUUUGAGCUGGAACUGUUGCUUUGGAUUGUGUUCAGGACAUUUGUCAGGACUUUUCCCCCCCUUCAUCCUCAUCUUCGUUUGGAUUUAUUCAUCGCUUCACGAAUCGCGCGUAACGGAAGAUGCAAGUGGGACGCAAACCGUGUUGGAGGCAGUUGCAGGCUUCUUUUUUCAGACUGCUGUGUCUUAUUCCAACAGGAUUCCCCGUCCGGAGUGUGGAUAUGCAGCGGACCACGGACAACAUCACCAUCCGCCAGGGCGACACAGCCAUCAUCAGGUGUUACGUCGACGACAAAGUCUCCAGAGUGGCCUGGCUCAAUCGAUCCAACAUCAUCUUCGCGGGACAGGACAAGUGGUCUCUGGACCCCCGGGUCGACCUGGUCACUAAGGGACAGCUGGAGUACAGCCUGCGCAUACAGAAGGUGGAUGUUUACGACGAAGGCUCGUACACGUGCUCCAUACAGACGAAGCAGAAGCCCAAGACCUCACACGUCUACCUCAUCGUACAAGUUCCAGCCAGUAUCUACAAAGUGUCCGAGGACGUGAUAGUGAACGAGGGAAGUAACGUCACGCUGAGCUGUCUGGCCAGCGGCAGACCGGACCCUAUCAUCACCUGGCGACUGCUCAACCCCUCAGCGGAGCCACUGGACGGAGAGGAGUUCUUGGACAUUAUCGGCAUCAUGCGAAACCAGGCGGGUCGAUACGAGUGCAAAGCCAGCAACGAUGUGGCCACGCCCGACUUCAAAUACGUCAAUGUAGUGGUCAACUAUCCUCCGACAAUACAGAAGAUCCAGAGCUCGGAGACUCCGGUGGGCAGAGUGGGCAUGCUGCAGUGUGACGCCAACGCCGUGCCCAAACCCGAGUUUGAGUGGUUCAAGGACGACAAGAGGAUGACCAACACUCAGAGCAUCAACAUCCAGAUGCUGGGGACCACCACCAUCCUGGUCUUUUCCAACGUUAGCGAAGAGGAUUAUGGGAACUACACCUGCGUGGCCUCCAACCGACUGGGCAUUCAGUACGCCAGCGUCUUCCUCUUUAGACCUGGGACCGGCCGGGACAUCAACAGCUCCCCCUGUGUGUCUCAGUCGCUGUGGCUCCUGGUCGUCUGCAUCACUCUGCUGUUCUUCAACUGUUAAUAGCGCUCUCCUCCCCGCGUCCUCCUCGUCUCCUCCUCCUCCUCUUCUUCCUCCCUUAGCGUCCUCCCUUCCUCCUCUCCUCCUCCCUUCCUCCUCCUUCUUCUCCUCCUCACCGCCAUCUCGACCUGCGACCUUUUCCUCCCCACUUCCCGCUUCCCCUGGACUGUUCGCAUCAUGAUAUAAAACCUUAGGUGCUCUCUCCAAACGGCACUGCUUUACUGAUGUAUUGAUAUAAAAACAAUGGUUUGAGUAACAGUCUAAACUGGAGGACAGACGGCAGACGGCGCCACACAAACCCAUUCUUCUCGGUUCCGUUUUGAAAAAAGCGCUGCAUUGUCUC